AUGUCCUUAGUGCAUGGUGGCGCUGGACCUCAGUGUUUUGCCCAUAACAUGUUUGAAGCUCUUCACCGCGUUCCUGACAAAUUUGCCAUUACAAUUGAAGAUGUGUAUGAAAGGGAAUUACAGUCAUCACUUGAAAAGCUAAGUAAUUCUGUUAGUAAAGAAGAGGCGGUCCAAGUUAUGAAUGGCAGCACUUUGGAGGGCGUUCUUGAUCUUGCUGGGAUGCUUCAACCGUUCCAGACGACAGACGAUAUGAGGAAGAUUGCCGAAAUGACAGCAAAGUAUUUCGUCCUUGGACGUGCCCGACCAGCAUUGGAAAGUUUCCUAAAUGGUUUGUCAACGCUUGGGGUCUUUGAUGCACUCACACAGAAUCCUGAUGUUUUUCGUCCAGCGUUUUGCUAUUAUCCCGAAAAGCUUACAGCUGAAAGCACUGAAAACCUGUUCUAG